AUGGAUUUCAUUGCUGGGGCCAUUGGAGGUGGUCUAAGCACAGCAGUGGGUUAUCCGCUGGACACAGUCAAGGUGAGAAUUCAGACUGAGAGGCAUUACAAUGGGAUUUGGCACUGCAUUCAGGAAACAUACAGGACAGAAAAAGUCUGGGGAUUUUACAAAGGUGUGUCUGCAUCAGCCCUCGCGGUAUCGGUGAUUUCUUCUGUUUCAUUUGGCACGUACAAGAACUUCCUUUGUACCAUCUGCAAGCUGCGAUACGGGGCUGCAGACGCGAAGCCGUCCAAGCUGGAUGUUUCUCUGGCCGGAGGUGCUGCCGGUGCUGUCCGGGUUGUGCUGAUGACCCCUAGUGAAGUGGCGAAGGUUCGCAUGCAGACCCAGAGGAACCCACAUCCUUCCAUCCUAUCUCCCCAGCCUGUUUCCAAGCCAAAGUACCAAGGGUCUCUGCAUUGUUUGAAGGUGAUUGCCAAGGAGGAAGGUUUUGGGGGUCUCUACAAGGGCUGUUCUGCAUUACUCUGCAGGGAUUGCUCCUCUUCUGCAAUAUAUUUCCUUACCUAUUCUGUUCUGUGUGACUGGCUCACACCAGCUGGGAAAAAUAAACCAGGUUUCCUCGUUGUGCUGCUUUCUGGUGGUUUCGCUGGAGUCCUGGCCUGGGGAUUAGCUACUCCCAUGGAUGUCCUCAAAUCACGGAUGCAAACAGAUGAAUCGGACCAGCACAAGUACAAAGGCCUCGUCCACUGUGCUCGGGAAAGCGUGAGAAAGGAGGGUGCAAAAGUGCUCUUCAAAGGACUGGGUUUAAACUGCAUUCGUGCCUUUCCUGUGAACAUGGUGGUGUUUGUAGCGUAUGAAGCUGUACUGAGAUUUACAGAUCACUAUACAAACAAAAAAUAG